AUGGAAGACUGGCUGCUGCAAGGAAUUCUUGCCCAGGCCAAAUCGAAACAUGCCAAAUCAAAAUGUUCAAAGCCCAAGGACAAACAGGAUGAUCAGAAUGAAAAGGCUCAGCUCAAACUAUGUGGUGAGAAAGCUGUUAAGAGAAAGGACUACCGUGGUGCCUCAAAUUUCUACAGUCAGGCAAUUGAGAUGGAUCCUACUGAUGCAACACUCUAUUCGAAUAGGAGCCUUUGCCAUCUUCAAAUGACCGAAGCGGAGGCAGCUUUGUUUGAUGCUGAGUUUUGCAUACAAUUGCGGCCUGAAUGGAUAAAAGGUUAUUACAGGAAAGGAGCUGCUCUCAUGUUGCUGAAGAAGCACGAAAAGGCAUGCGAUGCUUUCAUGGCUGGACUGAAGCUGGAACCUGGAAAUGCUGAGAUGGAGAAAGCAUUACGGGAGGCGAUUGAGGCGAUGAAGAAGCAUCAUGCUAUUUCCCACGUUCCCGCCCCGUUGGCCAAAUCUCUCUCCCUCACUUCAGUUCCGCCUCUUCCGCUUCCGCUUCCUUGUUCCUUCCCCUCGAAGCCAUCGCUCGAAACCCCCAACUCGCCCACCGCCGGAAUAAUGGAUCCGCCGCCGCCGCGGGAGGCGUUCGUCAAGUCCAAAUUCGCCUCCUGGCUCAUCGUCCGCAUGAUCGGAAAAGGCGACCCGAGGGAGAACGAGUUGCUGAACGCCGUGACGGAGGGAAAUGCCCGCCGCCUCAAGAAAAUGGUGAAUACAAUGGGCGAGAAGGACAGGGCAAAGUUUACUGAUAUGAAUAUAGAUGGCAAUGGGUUACUGCAAGUGGCAGCACACCUGGGAAAAAUUGAGGUCAUCAGGUACUUCGUGGAGGAGCUUGGCUUUGACGUCAACGCUGGUUGCCUCUCUGAUGGUGUGACAGCUUUGGCUUCUGCCGCAAUGUUUGGAGAAGCCUAUGUUGUGAGAUAUCUUCUUGAGCAUGGGGCUGAUCCUAAUAAGACAGAUGAGACGGGCUCUGUUGCUCUUCAUUUUGCUGCGAAAAAUGGGUAUGAAGAAGUAGUCCGUCUCUUGUUAUCCAGUGGAGCUAGGACUGGUAUAGUUGUUGCUCAUGGGACACCACUACAUAUUGCUGUUUUCUAUAGGAGGAUUGGUGUCGUCAAGAUUUUAUUGGAUCACCAUGUAGAUUCAAACAACACUUCAGGAGUUUGGGGUACCCCUAUUCUUACGGCUCUCCGUUCUGCUAAACAUGGAUUGGAUGAAUCUGAUUCUUUGGAAUGUGUAAAGCUGCUUGUUAAGGCUGGUGCUGAUGUGAACUAUGCUUGUCCAAACACUCCCUUGGUGGUGGCCACGACAGCUGGCUUAACUGACUGUAUCAAGUACUUGCUUGAGGUUCAUGCAGAUCCUAACAUUCCAGAUAAACAGAGCGGACGUACACCUGUAGAAAUCUCUGCAAGCGUUGGAAGAAGAGAUCAUGUGGAGAUUCUAUUUCCUUUCACUUCCUCUAUCAGUGCAGUAACAAAUUGGACAGUUGAAGGAAUUAUUGCUCAUGGGAAAUCGAGACGCUUGACUCCCAAGGACGAGUCAUGUGGCAAGGUCAAUGACAGAAAGGCUGAGCUAAAAUCACAUGGAGAAAAAGCAGUUAAGAGAAAUGACUACCUUGCUGCGUCAAAGAUCUACUCCGAGGCACUUGAGCUAGAUUAUUUUGAUGCAACCUUGUAUUCAAACAGAAGCCUUUGCAACCUACAAAUUGGAGAAGCACAAAAGGCUUUGCUUGACGCAGAUAGAUGUGUAGAACUGCGGCCUAAGUGGGUGAAAGGUCACUACCGGGAAGGAGCUGCUUUGAUGGUGCUAAAGGAGCACAAGAAAGCAUUUGAGGCAUUCUUGAACGCGCUGAAACUGGAUCCUGCUAAUGCCGAGAUUGAGAAAGUGAUGUGAACUUCGCACCGUCUCGUGCGAGUUGUUCAAAAAAAAAAGAGUUGGCGAGCGGCGAGGACGCGGAGGGGAAGGCGAGGCUUGCCGACGACAUCAGCUUCUCGGGCAUCGGGCCGCUCCAGGCCGCAGCGCGAUUGGGGGAAGUGGACGCGUGCAGGUGCAUGGUGGAGGAGCUCGGCUUCGACAUCAAUGCCGGCAGAGAGCUUGGCAUAACAGCUUUGGCUUCUGCUGCGUUGGAUGGAAGGCUGGCUACUGCAAGGUACCUUCUUGACCAUGGGGCUGAUCCAAAUAAGAAGUGCAAUGCAGGCUCUGUUCCUCUUCACUGCGCUGCAAAAAAUGCUACCCAUAUCAUCGUAUUGCGUCACAUCAUAAAUAAUUUACUCCAUCAGGGCAUGAUGAAGUAGAACGACUGUUGCUAUCUAGAGGAGCUAGCGUUGAUAUAGCUUAUUUUCAUGGGACACCACUACAUAUUGCUGCUGCAUAUGGGAAGGCCAGCGUCAUGAAAGUUUUAUUGGAGCACGAUGCAGAUCCAAACAAGGUUUCAGAAGAGUUAGGUACACCGUUGGUUGCAACUCUUCACGCUACUUCUCAAGGAUUAGCUGAAUCUGUUUCACUGUAGUGUAAAACUACUCGUCGAGGCAGGUGCUGACAUUAACUUCAGUGAUCGUGACACUCCGUUGGUGGUAGCAAUUACUAAUGGCUUGACUAACUGCAUUAAAUACUUGCUAAAGGCUGGUGCAGACCCUAAUAUCCCAACUUGUCAUUGUGGUGCCUUGCCAAUACAACUUGCUGCAAGCUAUGGAAGAAGAAAGGAUGUGGAAUUACUGUUUCCCUUAACUUCCCCCAUUCGAGCUGUGUCAAACUGGACUGUUGAAGGAAUUCUUGCCCAUGCCAAAUCAAAGCAUGCCAGAUCAAAAUGUUCAAAGCCCAAGGACAAGCAGGAUGAUCAUAAUAAAAAGGCUCAGUUCAAACUACGUGGUGAGAAAGCUAUUAAGGACAAGCAUGAUGAGCAGGAUAAAAAGGCUCAGCUCAAACUACAGGGUGAGAAAGCUGUUAAGAGAAAGGACUACCAUGGCGCCUCAAUUUUCUACACUGAGGCAAUUGAGCUGGAUCCUACUGAUGCAACAUUGUAUUCCAAUAGGAGCCUUUGCCAUCUUCAAAUGACCGAAGCUUUGUUUGAUGCUGAUUAUUGCAUAAAAUCGCGGCCUGAAUGGUUAAAAGGUUACUACAGGAAAGGGGCUGCUCUCAUGUUGCUGAAGGAGUAUGAAAAGGCAUGUGACGCAUUCUUGGCUGGACUGAAGUUGGAUCCUUUGAAUGCUGAGAUGGAGAAAGUAUUCCGGGAGGCGGUCGAGGCGAUGAAGAAGCAUCAUGUUACUACAAAAAGCUUCAAGCCAUCAGAUUAGAUAAGUUUACCAGCACUGGCUUUGGCUGCACGUUUUGUGUAAUAUAUUUAUUGUCCAGAAAACGGCCGUAAUGCUCUUGAGCUAGAGCACUAAUACAGUACUAAGUAUCACCUUUUGGAUCGCAUAGUAGUAGCAUACUACCGUGAUGCCUGCGUAGUGCCCCCUUAGGCCUAUCAUGUUGGGGAAAAAAUUGUCGCCUUAAGCUCUCCUUGGUGUUAAUGCCAGUGUUCUCUGCUCAUGACAUGACAUCGUCUAGAACUCUUGUCAUUUUCAUCGUCUUAUUACAAAUCUGAUCUUUAGUUUAGUUCCCUUAUGUUGUAGACAUGGUGCAUUCGUGUCUUUGGGGUUGGCUGGGAGAUUCUGUUUGCAGGGCCCUUACGUGGGCUUAUUUUA